GUUUUGAGGCAACAACACAUUUGUUCAGCGAUCAAAACCCGGGUAUCCCGUUUUUCAUUGGAUCCUCGAUAUCAUCAGGCAUUGCUGCGGCGGAAUGGGCAACUCGCACUCUCUCGACCAGCGGCUCGACCGGGCGAAGAAGACAGGCAUCCUGACUCUGACGAAUGCCUCGCUCAAAGAGAUAUCCGAUGAGCUGCUGUCCAUCUCCACUCUCAAGAACUUGGAUCUGUCCUGCAACCGCAUAUCCGAAAUCCCCAUCCGCUUCGAGACGCUUGAGCUCCUCAAAUUUUUGUCGCUGGCUCACAACCGGUUGUCGGUCUUCCCGACGGUCUUUGCCUCGCUCACCAAGCUCGAGACCUUGAACCUGUCCUAUAACCAGCUCACCGGUAUCCACGUCGAUCUCUCGCCGCUCGUUUCGCUAAAGUCCCUGAACCUCGCCCACAAUCAGCUCGCGAGCCUGCCCAAGUUUGCCAGCCUGCCCAAGCUGGUCUCUCUCGAUAUCUCCUACAACCGUCUCUGUCAGCUUGAGGGGACGUUGGAGGAGCUAUCACAGCUGGAAGAGGUCAACCUGGAGCAUAACCAGGUGGAGGAGGUUCCGGCGAGCUUUGUAAGUAUGAAGAGUCUCAAGACGCUCAGGCUGUCCUUCAACCGCAUCGCUGCCUUUCCCUCCGAGCUCUUGAUCGACACGGGCUUGACGGCGAUUGAGCUGGAGGGCAAUCCGUUCAACGACCUGGACUUGGUCAAGGUCGAAGGAUUUGAUCAGUAUCAGGCGAGAAAGAAAGCCCGAAUCGAUCAAUUCAUCAAAACUUGACCAGCGAGCCGUCGGGCACGCAUGCUGUCUCGGGGUAUGCUCGGACGGAGGUAGCUACCGACCCGGUCGUCUCCACAUCCCGUGCACCUCAAACGAAAGGAACACCCUGGGUUACAUUGUUUUGGGUCCUGAAUACACCUAUGAAUCGCCCGACACGAU